AUGGCCCACGGCGACGCUGUCCCUCUGCGGCUGACCAAGACGCAGCAGGCCACCAUGGAGAGGCCGCUGACCGCCCUGCUGCUGCCCCUGCCUUCCAUGGACUCGGCGACUUCAAACCUGGAGGGGCAGUCGCUCCUCUUCCCCUGGGAGUCGGCCACUGACUUCAUGUUGCUGACGCCACAACAGCAGAAGCCGCUGCACAACUUCACGCUCUGCAUGAAGGCCUUCUCCGACCUCACACGUGACUACAGCCUCUUCUCCUACAGCACCAAAACCCAUAGCGACGCGCUGGUGCUGUACAUGUAUAGGCCGGGCGAGUUCUCCCUGACCGUUGGCCACUCCGAGAUCGUCUUCAGGACCCCCCAGCCCUCGCAGGGCCCCUUCCACGUGUGUGUCACCUGGGAAUCCUCCACGGGCAUCGCCACCCUCUGGGUGGACGGGAGGCCCCAGGGGAGGAAAGGCGUUAGCAAAGGCUAUGUCCUGGGUGCCGAGGCCAAGAUCAUCCUGGGGCAGGAGCAGGACGCAUUCGGGGGCGGCUUCGAUGAGAAACAGUCCCUGGUGGGGGAGGUGUGGGAUUUGCACUUCUGGGACAGGAUUAUUUCCAUGAAGCGCACUGGGCCCAGCUGCCAAAACGGCAACCUUCUCAACUGGCACUCGCUCACCUUCCAGUCCUCCGGCGACGUGGUGAUCAAGCCCAAGCAUUGGCUUUAG